UAAAUUUUAAGCAACAAUGACUAACGAAUAUGGAUAUGCUUUUGGUAAAUUUAUUCGUAAAGGCAUGGAGGAAUACGUAAAAACUGGUCAUUCCGUGGACCUUACCAAGUUAUCACCAUUGGAAUUCCAAAAGUUAUUUCAAUCAUUUGAUGUAAUAUUAACUGAUUGUGAUGGUGUGCUGUGGAUUGAAAAUGAACCUAUCCCAGGGUCCGUUGAAGUCAUUAACAAACUCGUGGAAAUGGAUAAAACGGUCAUUUUCGUCACUAACAAUUCAACAAAAGUUAGAGAGGAUUUUGUUAAAAAGGCUGUUGGUAUGGAUUAUAACAUAACAGUUGAUAAUAUUGUAUCAACUGCAUAUCUCACUGCCUCAUAUUUAGAGAAUUUAAAAUUUAACAAAAAAGUAUAUGUGAUAGGAUCCAAAGGAUUGUGUAGAGAACUGGAAAAUGCUGGAAUUAAGCAUUUAGAUGUUGGGCCAGAUGUAUUGGAUGAACCUUUGGCUGAUUUUGUUCAAAAUUUUAAACCAGAUCCAGAAGUUGGUGCAGUAGUAGUUGGAUUUGAUGAACAUUUUUCGUAUAAGAAAAUGCUGAGAGCUGCCUCAUACCUAAAUAAUCCUAAUUGUAUAUUUAUUGGCACAAACACGGAUGAAAGGUUUCCAAUGAGUUCAGAUUUGGUUGUGCCUGGGACUGGAAGCAUUGUGAAAGCAGUGGAAACUUGUGCUGAGAGGGAACCAUUGAUUAUGGGAAAACCUGAGACUUACAUUAGUGAAUAUCUCAUUAAAAAAUAUAAUGUUGACCCUAAAAGGACACUUAUGAUUGGGGAUAGGAUGAACACAGACAUACUUUUGGGUAGUAGAUGUGGAUUCCAAACAUUAUUGGUCUUAACUGGUGUUACUAAUCUGGAAGGCUUGCAAAAAGUUCAAAAGUCAGGCAAAAGAGAAGAAAAAGGAUUUAUUCCUGAUUAUUAUGUAAAUCGACUGGGCGAUCUUGGGAAGUUUUUAUUCAAUACAGGUCGCCAAUCACAUUUUAACGCAGAAUAAUUUUUAGCAGAAAUUUAGUAAAAUUUUAUUUUAUUCCAUCUACCUCAGUUAUUUAUUAUUGUUGUAACUCAAAAUAAAUCUAGGUUUGUCAGA